AUGAAGGAGGAUUAUGUGAGUCUGAUGUCUGAGAACGUGCUGAGAGUCAACAUGUUACUGAGCGUCUUCUUUCUUCCAGGUGUUUUGGGUGAUUGUGGUUGGAAUACCCCACUGCUCUCCAUCACCAUACCAAAUAAGACCGAAGUACUGAGUGGAUCAUGUUUGCUAGUUCCAUGUAGCUUUAGAGCUGAGAAAGGAAUCACUGAAUUUAACAGUAAAAUAGAAACCCGUGGAGCAUGGAUUCAAAGUAAAAAUGAUAUUUAUGACAUCAAUCAAGGGGUUAACACAGACCUAGCAAAAAUAACUGGAAACCUGAGACAAAGAAACUGCACCACUGUGUUUUCUGACAUAAACAAGAGUCAAGAAGACAAAUACUUCCUCAGAAUUGAGAACGGUGACUACAGGAUAACAGCUUGUUCUACUCCUCUUCACAUAACAGUUCAAGAUUCUCCUUGGAGUCCCAGCAUUAACAUCCCUGCUGAUCUGAAGGAGCAUCAGUCUGUCACUAUCAGCUGCUCAGCUUUGACUCCCUGUCCACUCUCACCUCCUGAACUCACCUGGAGUCUCCAACAAGACUCUCACAGACAAACAGAGAAAAACAGAGAGGGAACCUUUACAACUAAAAUCCAGGAGACCAUCACUCUGUCAGACACACAUGAUGGAUACAACAUCAGCUGUUCUGCCACAUAUCCUGUGAAUGGAGGAAGCAAGACAGCAGAGACAGAAGUGACUCUCAGUGUUUCAUAUGCUCCUAAAGACACCUCAGCAUCCAUCAGUCCAUCAGGUUUGGUGUCAGCAGGUAGCUGGGUGGAGCUGAGCUGCUCCAGCAGAGCCAAGCCUCCUGCCAGCUUCACCUGGUUCAGGAACAGCAAACAUGGAGCCAUUAAUGUAUCUGUGGGGCAGGUUUACAGCUUCUAUGCUACUGAGGGAGAAGAGUAUUACUGUGAGGCUACAAAUGAUCUGGGUCAAAACAGAUCACCUGUGAUUCUUACAAGAAUUGGAGGGUCUAGAGUUAGUGUCUGCAUUACAAUGAAGAUCCUGGGAAUAGUAACGCUCUGUGGUGCAUUCAUUAUCUUUGAAAGGUGA